AUGUCCAUUACCGUCGACGCCGACUUCACCUUCCCGGCCACCGCCGAUGCUCCGCCGCGCCUCCUCGACUCGCCGCCUCUCUGGCACUCCUCUUCUACGCCCUCCUGCCAUGGGCAAAGAAAAGCUUUGGCGACGAAUAAUGCCAUUGCCAGGCGGAGAAAGAGCUUUUCCUAUGCGGAGCGAGGCCUGAAGGGAGAUGAUGAAGAAGAGGAUAAGAUGGACAUGUUGUGGGAAGACUUCGAUGACUCUAAAGGAGCUUGUUACGGAUCGGGCAUGGAACCGGCGGAGGUGACGUCGCCGGGGAGGGUGGCGGCGGAAUUGGGGUGUGCUGGAGCGCUUAAUAAGCUGUCGAAACGUGGCGGCGGCGGAGCGGUGUUUUCCGGCAAGAAGCCAAGCGCGGUGGUGUUGGUGAAGGUGUUGAAGAAGUUGUUCUUGCUUCGUAACUAUACUCAACGUUCGGUGAAGAAACCAACGUGGUGA